CUGCCUAUGUUUCGGUGUGUGUGGAUCGUUUGCCUCAACUGCUGCAGCUCGCAUUUUGCCAUUUCGCCCGUGGAGUUGCACAUCGUCACAACGUAGCUGAGCGAAUAUGAAUGUGGAGAAACUGAAACGUUUGCAGGCGCAGGUGCGCAUUGGCGGCAAGGGCACGCCCCGUCGUAAAAAGAAGGUCAUGCACCAGACGGCGGCCACCGAUGAUAAGAAGCUGCAGAGCUCGCUAAAGAAACUCUCUGUGAGCACCAUACCCGGCAUUGAAGAGGUCAACAUUAUAAAAGAUGAUCUUACGGUCAUCCACUUUAACAAUCCCAAGGCGCAGGCUUCGCUGUCGGCCAACACUUUUGCUGUGACUGGUCAUGGCGAAACCAAGAAGGUUGUUGAAAUGCUGCCAGACAUACUGCCCCAGCUGGGGCAGGAGACUGUAGUGCAACUGCGUGCCUAUGCCAGCGCCAUGUCCAACAAUCAAAAGGCGCAAGAGAAUGGUGCCGAUGACGAUGAUGAUGUGCCGGCGCUGGUGGGUGACUUUGAUGAGGUAGCCAAGCAGGAGGCCAACAAGCAGCAGGAACAGCUCAAAGGCAACAAAAAACCAGAGCAGCAACAGAAUACCAAGAAAGCUAACAAACAGGAGAACAAGCAAAAUAAAAAACAGGAGCAGCAAACGAAACAGAAUGAAAAUCAGCAAAAGACUAAGCAGCCACAAGAACAGAAGAAACAACAAGGUAAAAAGAAUGACAAUGAGCAGACAAAACAGGACGAGAUCAAGCCUGAAGUGAAGCAGCAAAAUCAAGCGGCGCAAGCCAAACCCGUAGAGGCACCAAAGCUUGUGGAGCAGCCGAAACCUGUGGAGCAGGCAAAACCUGUCGAGCAGUCUAAACAGCAAGAGCAACCCAAGCAAGUGGAACAAAAGAAGCCUGCGGAGCAACAGAAACCAAAAGAGCAAAACAAACAGAAGGAACAACCCAAGCAACAGGAACAAUCCAAACAACAGCAACAGCCGAAGCUCAUCGAGCAAGCAAAACCUGUGGAGCAACCGAAAGCAAUGGAGCAACCCAAGCCAGUGGUAGAAGUAAAGCCAGUGGAACAAGCGAAGCCCAUCGAGCAAGCAAAACCUGUGGAGCAACCAAAACCAGUUGACACUAAAGCUGUAGCUAUGCCCAGUGCACCACCCGUCGCUUGGGGAGCACCUAUUGCUGGAGGCCAAACCUUGGCGCAAAUAGUGGCUGCUGAUCCUCCCAAGUCAGCAGAGCCAGUAGCUCCAGCGCAAAAAGAACAGUCGCCACCCAAGCCUGCACAAGCUCCAGCCCCGCAGGCGAUCGUAGAACCAAAAAAAGAGACGCCAGCACAAGCGAUCGUUUUACCAGCAGCUGCGCCGCCAGCUGCACCAAUCGAAGUUAAAGAGGCUAUUGUUGCCAAGCAGGAGGCAACACCAGUUGCUGCUACUGCUCCAGUAACUCCAGAGGAAGCAAAGCCCAUUGAGCAAAAACUGGAUGCAGCUCCACAGCCAAAGCAGGCAUCGCCCAAGCAAAAGACGCCACCAAAGCAGGCGGCACCAAAGCAAAAGACACCACCAAAACAAGCGGCACCAGCAGCUGAGCCGGCCAAUCCGCCACAAAAGGAAGCUCUAGUUGUGCCCGAGAAAAAACUAGAAGAAAUGCCUGCAGCACAACCGACUCAACAGCCAGCGGCGCCAGUUGCUGAACCACAACAAGUUAAGCCCGCAGGUCAAGCGCCUAAGUCGGCAGCUGCUCCCAAUGCCAAUGCAAAGAAACCAGAUGCUGCACAAAAACCCAAACAACAGCCACAAGCUAAGCCUGCCCAGCAGCAGCAACAACAACAGCAGCCACAAGCUAAGCCUGCGCAGCAACAACAACAGCAGCAGCCACAAGCAGUGACCAGCUCCAAGCAAAGACGCGUUACGCCCACAAAUGACGCACCCAUCAAAUACCCCAAAUUUGAGCCAGCUGGGUUCACGUAUUCAAAAAUAGCUCGGCCACCACAAUAG